GUGGAUUAUUGUUUGGGCGCUCCAGCUUUAAUUCAUUGUUCAAAUUUAAGAUAUUUAUAAUGUUCUGUUUAAGAUUACUAGGUCAUAUGUUUAUUGUCGUUCACAAAGUUAAAAUAAAUACUGUUAGAGAUAACCAGUGUAAAACAUUUUCACAUCUUAUAUCACGAGUCAACUAAAUUUAAUUUAUAGACCAUUAAAGAUCUGACAUUAGCGAUGUAGACCAUUGAUGCGAACUUCUCCAUCUAUUUAUGCUCUUGUAUUAUGGAGUAGUAGUAGGUCAGAGAUAAUCAGCGUAAAACAUUGUCGGUUUCAACAUAACGUUAUAGACCAUUGAUGUAAACUCCUCCGCCUAGCUAUGCUCUCUUGUAAGUUGUAAUGUACUACUACAUCCUUUCCGUAGGGGGCAGGGGGGCAAGUUCAUUAGGAUAAUCAUCAUCUAAAAACCUAUGAAUAAAAUUGAAAAGGCAGAAAGUAUAGUCAUUUUCAAUUAAAAUGUCGUGUCAUUUCAUCUCAUAUUAUUAUUUCCCAAUGCUGUAAAAUCAAGAAAUGAAAUAAGGAACACCCUGAGGACUUGAGAAGACUCAUGAAGUAGGAUUAAGAAGACUCAACUUUAGUAUUCAUCUCUGACCAAUUGGACUGUCGACCGUAAUACUACUACUACUACUACUCUUCAACAACCAUUGUGCCAUGUGAUUACCAGGCCCCAUUUUCUGUCAUCAAUAACCUUUUUUUUUUUUUUUUUCUUAAUUGCAUUUUUAUUUGCCCUGCUCUAAGAUUAUUAAUUUAUAUUGUCUCAAUUAUGAAUUUCAUCACUAACUUAAUAUUAAUACGAAUCUUGACUUGUCAAAGCAAUUUUGAGUUAACCUAAUUUGGUCGUUAUUUACUCAUGUUGUUCAUGUUACUUUUGUCCUAUAUUUCUCUUUUUUAAGUUUCGAACAAUUUUAAAAUCUACUUUUUUAAUUGGUGCAUUUUUGGUUAUUCUUUUAACAUGAUUAAAUCAACACAUAUGAUUUUACUUUCAAUCUGACCAAUAUAAGUCCCUUUUCUCGCACUAAUGUCUAGUUGGAUGACUUAGCAUAUGCAUUUUAGCUCUUCGGUCUUCAUAUAAUGGUCCAUUAUGAGAUGUCACUAUUCUAAUCUAUAUAGUAGCAUUGGUUUAUAGUAAUAUGGUACAGUUUUUGCUCAUUUAAGUUGUAACUCCUCAUUUCAGGAGAUAUGGUAUGUUGUUUUCUAAUAGUAUUGUAGCAAACCUUGUAUACUUGACACUAUAUUCAAACCCAUUUCUUAUUUGUCGCCACCAAUUUCAUUUUAUCGCCACCCCCCUUGAAUAAAAUUACGACUUUACCCCUGAAAUUUAAAAAUUUACGAAAAUGCCACUAAGCUUAUAACUUAUAUAAAAACACUUCAAAUCCACUCAAUAACACUUUCAUCACUUCCAUAAAAUCAAAUUCUUCACAUAAAAUUAAGCGGAGCUAAAACUUUGGAAUCGAAAUCGUCAACAAAAAUUCGAGUAAAUGGCUGGAAAUCAAGGUAAAGGAAAAGGGUUUUUUAGAGGUUUAUUAAGCGGCAAUAGAUCUAGGCCUACUUUACUGAGAGGUGAUCCCCAUGAGAGGGGGGUUACGGGAUCUGCAAGGCGAGCAAGGCAAGAACAAGCGGCCAUACAUAGUCAGGCCCAACGUUCAAGUACCCUAGAGCAAGUGCGUAGUCGCUUUGAGCGCCAAAGUAGCCUACAUAGUCAUACGGUCGGCUCAGGUGACGAUGAUACUGAUUACGACGAGUCUCUUAGUCGGGAAGAGUCUCUUGGUCAGGAUGAGUCUGCAUGUCAUCCUAUUGAUUGGACGAUCGUAAGAGGCCAUGCUGUUAAGUUCAAGAGUAGAGGGCAGGGCUCGAGUGGCACUUCUGAUCAGGUAGGAGUAAGCCAGGCUGAGGAUGCGGCUCCACGGGGGAGGAGGCGAUCGCAGUCCGCGGACACGGACUGGUUAAUCACAUCAGCCCAGCCCGGGGGCCCUGUUGAUACUACUUUAAUACCCAGCUACGGUGGGCACGUAGCAAAGGCUAUAUUUGAAGGAUCGGAGCGCACCCCUCCGAUUUUGGAAUGUCGUGCUCGGAAGAAAACGUUGGAUUCAAUCAUUAGACUUCAGGACAUGUCUGAUGAAUUGUACAGAGUGUUACUUGGUACUCCCCUUGGUCGGCUGCCGUAUAUAAUGCACCAGCACAUCGACAGUGCUCUCAUUACGGCAUUUGUGGAAAGGUGGCAGCCUGACACCAACACCUUCCACAUGCCGUGGGGGGAGAUGACCAUAAUGUUGCACGACGUGCAACGCAUCUUGGGAAUUGGCAUUGACGGUUCACUUCCCGUGCAACCGUCUGAUAAUGAAUGGCAGCUUGGCCUGGCCGGCCUUUUUGGUAUGCCAUUGUCGGAGCUGCGUGCGAAGGGGCACUUCACAAGCGGCAGCAUUAAUGUUGGUGCACUGUUGCAGCUAUGCCACCGUUCUCAGUCUAUGGAUACUCAACGUACCGCCUACUACAUGGCUAUAGUAGGUUCCACGUUGCUCGUGGAUAAGACUAGAGUCGGGAUGCGUCCUCACCCUGUUGUUACUGUUACCGCUGAUGAGGCUGAUAUUGCUUGGGGUGCAGUGACGCUUGCUCACAUGUAUCGCCAACUGGGUAUGGCGACAAGGACUGGGUGCAAGACUAUUGCUGGUUGCCUGACACUGUUGCAGACAUGGAUUUACGAGUACUUCCCAGCCUUCCGCCCCCAUCCGCGUCAAGCUGACAUGCCGAACAAGACAAGGGCAGAGAUGUGGUCCCCGCCGAAGCCAAUCCGCGAGCUGAGCAGACUGAUAGACUGUAGGAGCAUACUGGAUGCCAUGACAGAGGCACAGGUGGAGUGGACUCCGUACUUGACUUAUGAUAGGUCUUUAUUGAACGAGCACCCACGUACCUCGUAUAUCGGUGGUAUCACCUGUUUCGAUAUCGUGGAGGUCUAUUUGCCUGAGAGGACAGUGAGGCAGCUCGGUUUUGCACAGGAGAUUCCCCCGGCUCCGCUGAGACCUACCCAAGCUCUGCGACCAGCACAGGGCUCCUACUCAGUUACAUUCGCUUCUUCCUGUGUGUUUACGGAGAUGUGGAGUAGGUUCCCUUACUGUGCCUGCGUAGUGGAGCAGGCACAGCGUCGCGCAUCGGUUCCAUCAGAGGCUGCCCCGGAUUACGUGGACUGGUUUAGAGUGUCUUCCCACUGUUGUGUCUAUCAACACAACAUGGGGCCACGAACGUAGCAUCUGGAUAGAAGUUGGAUUCGCAAUCAAUAAUCUAGUCAACUGAUCCUCACUAUCCAAGUCCCUCCAAACUACAUAAUUAUGCUCCGUGGCCAUAUACAGACAGUGUUGAAGAGGAGUCCUACCAUACAUCUCU